UCCCAACCCCGGGAGCGAGCUGACAGCCGGCCAUGGCCGACAGCUUGAGGAGGCUGGUCGGCGCGGAGAGCGGCCGGGUACUGCAGGAGAAGCUGGAGAGCUGGUACCGGGACUACGAGAUUAAUUCCUGUGAUCAGAAUCUGAACCGAUGCUGUGAAAUAAUAGAAUUGAACUCUGAGAUUCAAGGGCAACUCUUCACAAUCCUCAAUGAAACAUCUCAAGAAGGUGGGCAUUAUGCAGGUGUGGAAACAAUAAAAACUCGUCUCCUGCCAUGGCUAGGGACUUGUUUUUCCUGUGCUACUUCAGGAAGGCUCUUUGAAACCAACCUCUCUCUCGCUCGGGAUUCAAUUGAGAAAGAGAGGCAGCUGAGAGAGCUGGCCAGCAAUCAGACUCUUCAACUGCAAGAGCUGCAGGAAGAACUGACUUCAACUCGUCUACAGCUCGACCAUGUGCAACAAGAUCUGGCAAAAACCCAGUUGGCUCUUGAAGACACAAAGACCAAAUCAGCCACUACUCUUUUGGCAGCAGAAGAUGAAAUUGUUCAGCUAAAAGCAGCUCUGAAGACUUCCUGUGCCCGAGAGAAGGACGCCCUGAGGAAGUUAGAUCGUCUGAAUGACUAUGAGCAGCAGAUUCAAAUACUGCGGGAUGAGAUUUCCAUCCUGGAUGCCCAAAAGUCUGUUCUCCAGAGCAGGUUUGCACGGAGCCGCUCUCCUUUCCCAAGGCACAGUGAGAACAAGUCACCUAGUCCACUUCCCCUGAGGAGCUGCUCACCUGGCCGAGCCAGGCGUACAAAUGCUUCACGUCGUGCCUGCCUGGUAGCUCGCUUUGGUGACAUUUAUGCUCAAGAACGCUUGGAUGCAGAGACCCUUUUGAGGACAUAUGUCAGUGACAUGGAGAUGGUGCAGAGGAUAAUAUACAUUGCAGCUGUGGAGUCUUUUCAUGCAGCAAAGAUGGCCUACAGGCAGUUCAAAAUACGUGUAAGAGAGACUCUGUCUCUAGGCCACUCGGGGCCUGAGUCACUUGAAGACACUGUCCUGGAUUAUGUAGUUCGCCAUGAGGAUCUGUACGACGUUCAAGCCAGUGUCAAUGAAGUAAUUCGCUCCAUGAACAUCAGCCCAAAGAUUUCAUUUCCACCUGAAAUUGAUUUCAUUGUGAUCAGCACUUUGAUUCGAGAGUUGUGCCGUGUGGCUUUUUCAAUGCAGACACUCAUUCCUCCUCUUGAUAUUGCCUUUGGUACUGAUGGAGAACUUUUCAGUGAGACCAAGUACCAUCGUAGUUCUGACUCUGAUUUCACAGCUGCCUUGGUGGCCUAUCAUGUAUGGCCUGCUCUGAUGGAAAAUGAUGUUGUAAUUAUGAAGGGAGAGGCAGUCACAAAAAGAGGAGCUCUGUGGUCUCACAGAAGUAGAAGCAGAAGCCGCAGCCGUAGCACCAGUCCUCUUCUGUCUCAUCAUUUGUCUCGAAGCCGCAGUCCUUCACCCCUGAGGAGCGGAAGCCCAAGGCGUUAACUGAACAUGUUCCUGUGAUUCAGUACAUCCGGAUCCAGCAACUUCACUGGUGCCUUUUCUCUUCAAGAAUACCUCGUCUCGCAAUAACGUGAAUGGCAAUUGACACUCCAAAUGGAGUUUGUGUUCAGCGUGGUUUUUAGAAUUAUAGAAGGCUUAUUUAUAACUUUAGAAACUAAUUCAACCCUUCUGAUUUAAAAAAAAAAAAGUGCAUGCAAUACAGGAUCAUACUCAUUUGGCAAAAUUUGCAGAGCACUGAGGAACCCAUGCUGUAAUCCUGCAGAUAGAGAUAGAAUUACUGCAUCUAGAAUGUUAUCCACAGAUACCAAAUGAUGCGGUUUAUCUUGAUAGGAUGUUUAAUAUGACCUAAAUGAUGAACGUUGCAGAAUGUUAAGGUUAGCUGUUACUUGCAAAAAUUUCAUUAAUUGGUGCUUAUUUACAAUUUUAGAAAAUAGCAAUAAUCUUAGGAUGUGCCAGUCUCACACAGCAUCCUUUUAAAUAUGUCCUUGCGGUAAACUGAAUUUUCUAACUACAAUGCAAAAGUUGCACAGAACAGUCAUAAAAUACCAAUACUCCAGCAAUCCCCAGGACUUUAUUGACAUUUACUUAUGAAAGCAUGGGUGUGUGCUUUAGCAAGGCAGUAAUAGUCCUUGUUAAAUUCAUUGUUACUUAGAAAUGAAUAUCAUAAAAAAUUGUAGUUUGGAACUUCAAGUAUUUUGAAAGUGUGCCACUGACUAUUUGUAGGCUUGAAAUACUUGCUUGAGGUGGCCUAUUUGGUAUCAGUUUAAAUGGGCUUUCAUGCCAGACUGAUAGACUAGUAACUCUUGUGAACACAGUGAAAAAACGUAUCCAGUUAUCUCUUACUGUGGGCAUUUAUUACAUUUUAAGUGUAAAAAUUAGAGACCCGAAGAGAUUUUAUUUUGGCACUUUAAACAGUUUG